AUGGGACAGAGACACCCCCAGUGCUACCUGGCAAGGAUGAACAAACAGAUCCAGCCCGACCGCAAAGUGUCGGUGGUGGCCCCCUUGCCGGAGCGCACGGGGCCGCCGCCGCCGCGGAAGGACGUGGAGCUGAUCCUGGUGAAGGAGCACAACGGGGUGCAGUACACCAGCAGCAGCCUCCUGCCCGCCGCCCCGCGACACGGACCCGCGGACAGGGAGACCUGGGGCAAGAAGAUCGACUUCCUCCUCUCCGUCAUCGGCUUCGCCGUGGACCUGGCCAACGUCUGGCGCUUUCCGUACCUCUGCUACAAAAAUGGAGGGGGUGCUUUUCUUAUUCCCUAUAUCCUCUUCUUAAUCAUUGCUGGAAUGCCCCUGUUCUAUAUGGAAUUAGCACUGGGACAGUAUAACCGAGAAGGGGCUGCCACUGUGUGGAAAAUCUGUCCAGUUUUCAAAGGUGUAGGCUAUGCAGUGAUACUCAUAGCUCUUUAUGUGGGAUUCUACUACAACGUUAUCAUAGCUUGGUCUCUGUAUUACCUAUUCUCGUCAUUCACAUUUGAGCUCCCCUGGACACACUGUGACAACAGUUGGAACAGUCCAAACUGUACAGAUCCCAAACUCUUCAAUGCAUCAGUGCUUGGCAAUGGUACCAAAUACUCGAAGUACAAGCUCACUCCUGCAGCUGAAUUUUAUGAGCGAGGAGUUCUGCACCUGCAUGAAAGCCGUGGAAUCCAUGACCUUGGCUUGCCUCGCUGGCAACUUUCCCUCUGCCUCUUGGUGGUGGUAAUCAUUCUUUUCUUUAGCCUGUGGAAAGGCGUGAAGACUUCAGGAAAGGUUGUUUGGAUAACAGCCACUUUGCCUUAUGUUGUAUUAUUUGUCUUGUUAAUACAUGGAAUAACCCUGCCUGGUGCAUACAAUGGAAUAAAUGCAUACCUGCACAUAGAUUUCAGAAGAUUAAAAGAAGCCACAGUAUGGAUUGAUGCAGCUACUCAGAUAUUUUACUCCUUAGGAGCUGGGUUUGGUGUUUUAAUUGCAUUUGCCAGUUACAAUAAGUUUGACAACAACUGUUACAGGGAUGCUUUGCUGACUAGUACCAUUAACUGUGUCACAAGCUUCAUCUCAGGAUUUGCAAUUUUCUCCAUAUUGGGCUACAUGGCUCAUGAGCACAAAGUUAAAAUUGAGGAUGUAGCUACUGAAGGAGCUGGUUUAGUUUUCAUCCUGUAUCCAGAGGCAAUUUCAACUCUUUCAGGAUCUACAUUUUGGGCUGUGGUAUUCUUCAUCAUGCUCCUUACUCUUGGUAUUGACAGUUCUAUGGGCGGAAUGGAGGCUGUCAUCACUGGCUUGGCAGAUGAUUUCCAAAUUCUGAAGCAGCACAGAAAGCUUUUCACCUUUGGUGUUUCUUUUGGCACUUUUCUACUUGCCCUUUUUUGCAUCACUAAUGGUGGAAUUUACGUGCUCACACUUCUGGACACAUUUGCAGCUGGGACUUCGAUAUUAUUUGCAGUUCUAAUGGAGGCAAUUGGAGUUUCCUGGUUUUAUGGUGUGGACAGAUUCAGUGAAGAUAUCCAACAGAUGAUGGGCUUCAAGCCAGGCCUCUACUGGAGACUGUGCUGGAAAUUUGUUAGCCCUGCUUUUUUGUUGUUUGUCGUGAUAGUCAGCAUAAUAAAUUUCAAACCUCUGACCUAUGAUGACUACACCUUCCCUCUCUGGGCAAAUCGCAUUGGCUGGGGAAUAGCAUUGUCUUCCAUGAUACUUGUGCCUGCCUAUAUUAUCUAUAAAUUCAUGAAUGUGCGUGGGACCUUUAAAGAAAGACUAGCUUACUGCAUUACACCCGAAAAUGAGCACCAACUCGUGGCCCAAGGAGAUGUCAGGCAGUUUAAGCUUCAACACUGGCUAACAAUAUGACAACCAACAGGUUGAGGAAAAAGCCAAUAUAUCAAGGUAAACUGAGAAUACAGAAAAGUCAAGUUCAAAGCUCCCUCGAUUAUGCUUGGACCAAGCUGGCUCAGAGCUUAUCUACUGACUCUUUGAGGGAAAACAUCUGCUCUCUGUUCUCAACGCCUCCCUUCUAUUACUUGGCUUCAAAUGAUCUUUAAAGACUCUGUUUAAUUUUCCUUACAUCCUUUGGUGCCAUGAGAUCCCUACAUGACCAAAACUUGUGAGUUUUGCUAUUGGUAGAAGUGGAGGAGGCGGGAGCAGAGAAAAAAGCAAUCAACAUAAGUUAAAUGCUCUUUUAGUGUGAAGAAGUCAAUUAAAAUUUUCUGACAGUAAUGAUUACUUCAGAUAUUCAUGCCACGACCUAUUUUAAACCAACAGCUGAACGUUCUUAGACGUAAGGAAAGAGUGCAUCUCAAUUAUGAGGAAAGAGCAAUUUUAACUAUGUACUAAUAUCAUUAGCUUUCUUGCCAUACUAUCUUUGGGGAUAUAAACUGAAAACUCAUUGCUACAUUUUCAGUGGUUUGAUAUUAGUUUUCUUCUCUUGGUCAAGAAGGUUGUCUCUCCUGUAUAUGUCCAUGCCAUUUCCUGUCCAGUUUAAUUACACAAGCUGAAGAGCAGCAGGAACAGAAUUCCCGUUAUUGACACUAAGUACAGAACACAGUUUAAUACCACCCUGUACUUCAUGAAAAAUAUAUUCCCUUAUAUCAACAAUUGAAAUAGUUUUAUCAUACAAUCCAUACUCUGCAGACUUUUCCAGCUAAGUGUGAAUGUGACACCCAAAUAAUGACUCUCAUUUUUUUGUUACAUUUUGUUGAAAUAAAGAAUGUAAAAUCCAUAGGAAGAGAGAACAAUUUUAUAAUUACAUAAUCUACCCAGAGGCACCAAAAUACCAAACUUUGGCUCUAUUCUCCUGCUGUGAAUAUGCUAUUACUACAAUUUAACCUGGAGUCACCUACCAAAACAUAGUAAGAUUGUGUUGAAUAAUCUAGGGUAUUUCCGGCAUACUCAACUCUCUAAGCAUAUUCCAGCUCUUCUCUCUGGUAGUAUUAUGCAAGGUAGAAGAUACAGAACAAACUGCAUUUGGGUGCUGUUCUAAUUCUGUGGUCACUUACCACUGUAGUAUCUUCCCAGUGAUCACUGGAUUGGGUAGCUUUCAGUUACUUCUUGUACUUAUUUAUCACGACAUCUACAGCAAUUUUCAGAGGCAGUAGCUUCUCAUGAAUCCAGCCCAGAGUUUACCUCCAGAUCUUACCUCUGAAUUUUUUUGCCUCUCUACAUUUAACUCAGCUUGUCUUUCAAACGUAUGUAGCAGUUCCUCUUUAAAAGGAUGGAGCUUUUUUAUUUGUAAAACAAUUUUUGUUGAGGUUUUCUUUCAUUUUUUAAAAAUAGCCCAAUUUAAAAGUCCUAAGUGAUUUUGGACUUUUCCAUUUAACACUGAUUUCUGUUCACAAUAACAGAAGGGAAACUUCUCCCUUAUUCACCCUUCUCCUCCAACAUAAUCAAUACUUUGGAAAAUAUCACAAGUUGUCCUUUUCUUAAAAAGUCUCUGUGACAAACAGUAGUUUUAUUUAAGUAGGGUUUAAACCCAAAUUAUACUUUCUUCUAACUAUAAAGCAAGGUUUAUUUACUGGCCCAGCUGAGAGGCGAUAGCUGUUUAAGCCCUGUUAUUAAAUAUAUUUCAAUAAUAAAGGAAUUUCAAGGGUGGCAGUUCUAGUUCUGUAAUUGCUCAAGAGGCCAAACAGCAAAAAUAUGUUGAGGGCUUCAAAAAAAAGCCAUCUCGCCAACCUCUUAGCUAAUCCCAUUUUUAUUGUUUGCUAAACUACAUGAGAAUCUUUCAUUGUUAUACAGCUUACUUUUCAAUAAUACAGCUGCUUCAGUCACUGGCUUGGCAUGGCUGUAAAGCUUCUUAGCAUAGAUAUAAUUACUAAGUUUGAAACUCUUGGGGGCUCUUUUACAUGGAGCUUUAAUAGCUUGUCACAUUAUGCACUGUUUGGUUCACUCAUGAUUGGAAAUGCUACCAACCCACAUCACUUGUGACAUAUCCCAUCACCACCAUCCGUAUAGCAAAACCCACUCAGGAGAAGCUACAUGCCAUCACCACUCUGCUCUGAAAUAGGAGCAAAGCUACCUUAACAUGGGAGCGCAAGCAGCUUUACCCAGCAUGUUAGGGUUUGGUUGUAUUUUUAAUCCUGACUCACAAGGCAAUUACCUACUACAUUAUUUCUAUUACUGAAUAACUUCUUAGGUUUAAGGUAGUAUUUAUAGCUCAGAACUCCACUGCAUUACUGCCAUCUUGUUCUGAGGUUUUAUAGGCAGAGAACUUACAAUCUAUAUAGAAGAUGAUAGGCAAGUCAGACAAAGCAGGAAUCUUCUUGCCAGGAAUAGCCCAAAUGAAAAAGAAAGACAAUACACAUUGCCUGAGUGCACAGCUAGACUUUAAGUUCAAGAUGUUGCUCAAAGGAAGUCUCCCCAAAAACAAUACAACUUGUGUCCCAGAGAUCAAGAACAAUGUCUUCAAUUGUCUACAAAAUAAGAUGCUCAGCUACCUCAUGCCUCUUGGAUGAUGAAUGAUGCCAUUAGACACAAGAUAGUAUUCAUUCAAAUGACAAACGCCUUUGUGAAAAACAGGUUAUAUUCUUUUUCUCCACUCUGUGAUAUGGU